AUGCACAUCGCCCCUGCGCUGGUCGCGGGCUGUCUGGCCCUCGAGGCGUCAGCUUUCCUUGUGCCCCUCGAAGUGUCAGAAGCCGCACAGCAGGCAAAGUCCGAGUUGGCCUCUCUGCUCGCUACCACAGGUCACACUGUCGACCUACACUGCCCCGGAUGUCCCUACUUUGGCGUGGAAGACUCAGAACAACCAAAAGAGGAUGUCGAGAACGAGAUACGUCUUGAAUUCGACAUGGACUCUGAACAAGGCCUGACUAUCAAUGGCAUUCCUAUUUUUUCCUCCGACCCUUCCAACUCCCCAACUUCCUACAUCGUCACCGCGCCGCAGAUUCGGGUGGAAGAUGGUCAAAAAACAGACCCAGUACAACUGGACUUUGCCUGGGAAAGGUUACCACCUAUCUCAUCCGCUGAAGAGCCCGAAAUUUCCAUCCUCCCCCUCAGGUUCACGAUCCUGGGUCUUGAAGGCCACCCAGUGAAGGUCGACACCAUCGCCAUCGAGCUCCUGCACACUUCCGACCAAACCUCCAUCGCCCGUAUCCUCACUAUUCCCUUUGAAGACACCCCGGGCGCCCAAACGUGCAACACAACUUCCAAAUGGUCUCUUUGCCGUCUUCGGGCCAUCAUCGUUGCCCGACUGCAAACAAUCAUGGAAGCCGCGAAAGCACGUGCCUCCUCUGCAACAAAGGCCUGGGCUAGCGCAAACAAUAGCGAGGAUCAGCCCAAGGACAAAGGAUGUGGACGUGGCCGCGGCAAAGGGCCAGGCAUGUUUGGUGGCCGUCCUCCCCACGGUUUUGGCGGACCUCACCGGGGUUCUCAUGGCGGUCCUCACGGCGGUCCUCCCAACGGCUUCCAUGGUCCUCCUCAUCGUGGUGCGCAUGGACCUCAUGGCCCUCACCAUCACGGCCAGCAUUUUGCCCAUCACCGCUUCCACCGCUUCGGUCACAUGUUGCACCAAACGCUUCGCUUCUUUGUCAUCCCUGCGAUCCUCGGCGUUAUCGGUGGCCUCAUGGCCAGUGCGAUCGGAAUGCUCGUUGGCCAAUGCAUUUCGUACCUGUGGAUCCGGUUCCAUCGGGGCGGAGUGCGUGGGAAUGCCACUGCACGAGAUAUCCGUGUCGUGGAGAUUGUGCUUGACGAGGAAGAGAAGGACGCGUUGAUCAUCGACGAAGAGGCGAUGGAUACCCCGCCCGAGUAUACAGACGUCGAAUCGCGAACGGUCGGGGAGAAGGACUAA